CCACAUGCCGAUCGAAUUUGUUUGCAAAAUCAAAUUUGCAGAGGAGGACGAGAAGCAGAAAGGCAAGCCGGAUGGGGACAGGGAGAGUCUGAUAGAGGAGAGCUGCGUGCCCCCGGCCAAGGACCUGGCCGGCUUCGCCGAGUCCUGCUCCCUGCACGGGAUCAACCACAUCUUCGUCUCGGGGCGGCUGGGGGUCCGGCAGAGCCUCUGGGCGCUUGCCUUCCUGCUGUCCCUGGCGCUCUUCCUCUACCAGGCGGCCAAGUGCGCCAUCUGGUACCUGGAGCACCCGCACGUCACGGCGCUGAACGAGGAGGCCAGCCGGGAGAUGGUGUUCCCCGCCGUCACCAUCUGCAACAUCAACCGCUUCCGCUUCUCCGCGCUCACCGACGCCGACAUCUACCACCUGGCCAACCUGACGGGGCUGCCGCCCAAAAACAAGGACGGCCACAAGCCCACCGAUUUGGAGUACCCCGCCCCCGACAUGCAGGACAUCUUCAACAGGACGGGCCACCAGCUGGAGGAGAUGCUGAAGAGCUGUAACUUCAGCGGGCAGAACUGCUCCGCCAAGGACUUCUCUGUGGUCUACACAAGGUAUGGGAAAUGCUACACCUUCAACGGCGACAAGGAGAUGCCCAGGAAAACGAAGCAGGGGGGCAUGGGAAAUGGCCUGGAGAUAAUGCUGGAUAUUCAGCAAGACGAGUACCUGCCCAUCUGGAAGGAGACGAAUGAGACGUCUCUGGAGGCUGGAAUCCGAGUGCAGAUUCACAGCCAGGAUGAGCCUCCUUACAUCCAUCAGCUGGGCUUCGGGGUCUCUCCAGGCUUCCAGACGUUUGUGUCCUGUCAGGAGCAAAGGCUGACCUACCUGCCCCAGCCCUGGGGAAACUGCCGCUCCACCUCGGAGCAGAUGAUCCCGGGAUAUAAGACCUACAGCAUCAGUGCGUGUCGGCUGCACUGUGAGUCCAGCGAGGUGCUGAGGAGGUGCAAAUGCAGGAUGGUCCAUAUGCCAGGAGAUGCUGACAUCUGCACUCCCAACAAAAUCAACUGCGUAGACGUAGCACUAGCUGUGUUUCAGAAGAGCAACGGAGACAGCUGUGCGUGCGAGACACCCUGCAACCUGACCCGCUACGGCAAGGAGCUCUCCAUGGUGAAGAUCCCCAGCAAGGGCUCGGCGCGGUACCUCUCCCGAAAAUACAACGAGACAGAGGAGUACAUCAGAGACAACUUUCUGGUUUUGGAUAUUUUCUUUGAAGCCCUUAACUACGAAACCAUAGAACAAAAGAAGGCCUAUGAUGUAGCGGGAUUACUAGGUGACAUUGGCGGCCAAAUGGGAUUGUUUAUAGGAGCCAGCAUUCUGACUAUUUUGGAAAUACUCGACUACAUCUACGAGGUGAUCAAAGACAGGAUGCAGCGUCUGCUGAGGCCACCGAAGAAGCAGGAGCAGAAGAAGCCGACCGGGACCGUGGCCACCGUGGGCCUGGAGGACAUGACAGCCAAUGAAGCUGGUGACAGGCCCAGGAAUCAAGCGGAGGGUCCGUACCCAAACACGAUACUCCCCAACCACCACCACCAUGCCCCCCACGGGGUCUUCGAGGACUUCGCCUGCUAGAACCUCCCAGCCGUCCAGCCCCUGCCCGACCACAAAGAAAGAAAUUGUCUCUGUGCUAAAUCUGGGCACACACACGGACCCUUGGAUCUCAGCUCCACCUUUCCUGCCAUCACCAGUGAAAGCUACAGCCAAAGUCGAACACCAAACCUGUGCUGCUAACGGACUUCUUUUACAAAGGCACAGAGUGGACGCCUCGGUGGGGUCCUGCUGGACACUGGCGCCCUUAACUCCCCUCCUUCAGGAAGCUGUCCUCUCCGCUACUCCGCUAUUUCUACACGGAUGAUUUUGCUACACGGCCACCCAGGGGGAACCAGACAAAGGACUGCAUGUCAUCUAUCACCCGCUCACACUCAGAAAGGACUACAGUCACGUCUCGCAUUUUCAGUUAGCCCGUUUUCCUGUGUUGUCCAUCCCUUUGGCUUUUUCUAAGGCUCUUAUCCCACAGUGCAUCUAAAUGUCUCAUAUCUGUGCACCCC